CGAACGAAACGGUGCAUUUUUUUCUCGAUCCUGCGCGGUGGACGUAGAAUUCCUCUCGUUCAGAACCCACGAUCUCACCGUCCCGCCACGCGGAUCAACGCACUUCUUGUCUCCCCACCCCCAGCGUCGGAGGAAAGAACGGCCUACUCCCAAGCGAGGCAAGGAAUCCUUCCAUCCCUCAAAUCCCCAAACAGAGCCACCAGCCUCAAAUAAAUCCACCCCCCUCUCCUCUUUUUUUCUUUCCAAAUCCAUGCCUCCGCCCCUCCCUGCGAGCCUCCUUAGAGCCGUCGGCCCCUUCCCGGGCCCCCGCCACCAUCCUCCGUCCUUUAUCUAUGGAAAGCAGCAGCAGAAGAGGCCCCUGCCCCUGGUCCCCCGCUCCCCAGGAUUCGUGCGCCCCAACGGUGGCGCGAUAAUCAAUAGGUCGAGCACCACGAGGAGGAGGCUCUUCGUCGACCUAACGGGGAGAGGGGCGAUCGGUGCGGCUCCGCGAUCCGGGGGGGAGGGCGGCUGGUGGUGGAUGAGGUCCGGAUCUGGGCGCGCGACGCUCACCGCCGGGGAGGGCUCGGACGGUGCGAGGAAGUGGGCCGCAGGUGGUGCGUAUGGAGGAAACGGUGGCGAGGGCAAGGCGACCCAAGGGGACGUGAUGGGUUCCCUUCAUCAGUACCAAAUUGAUGGAAGAGAGGUGGGGACUGAUGGGGGUUAUAGGCAGGAAGGGCAGCAAGGUUCGCCAAGAUUGUUGACGCUGCCCACCGUUCUUACAAUUGGCCGUGUUGCUGCCGUCCCUCUUCUCGUAAGCACAUUUUACAUGAACGGUUCAUGGGCAACCACUGCAACAACAUGCAUAUUUAUUGCCGCGGCUGUCACAGACUGGCUGGAUGGUUAUAUCGCCCGCAAGAUGCGGUUAGGGACGGCUUUUGGUGCAUUUUUGGAUCCUGUAGCUGAUAAGCUUAUGGUUGCUGCCACACUAGUAUUAUUGUGUACCAGACCUUUGGAAGUCGCUGCAUUUGGAGAUGCACCAUGGCUUCUGACUGUACCUUCAAUUGCCAUUAUUGGUAGAGAGAUAACAAUGUCAGCUGUCAGAGAGUGGGCUGCAUCUCAAAAUAGUAAAGUUCUUGAGGCUGUAGCAGUAAACAAUCUGGGGAAAUGGAAAACAGCAACACAAAUGACUGCUCUCACCAUUCUCCUCGCCACCAGAGACUCCAGUCUAACAGGUCCGGGUGUUCUAGUUGCUUCCGGUGUAGUUUUGCUUUACAUAUCUGCUGGGCUUGCCGUAUGGUCGUUGGCUGUCUACAUGAGGAAGAUAUGGAGAGUUUUGCUGAAGUAAUUACAUAAUACUUCAAAGUGGAUACAAGUCUCAAUGCUAUAGGACGGCAUUCAUAAACAUUUGGGAUGUCCAAGUGUCAUCAACUUGAUGGUCGGUAGGCUCCUAAUUUAGCGGCUUUCUCCAGGCCUAACGGGGCCUUUUUCUUACUGAUCAAAGCAAGCUGAGUGUUUGGUGGAUGUGAUGCGAUCGUUCUACAGCGUGGAGGCUGGUGCUUAAACAUUUCAUUCAUCAUAUACUGCAACAUUGGUUUGGUUAGCAAUUUCUCAUCAAAAUCAGGGGAUGCUUUUACAUCUUGUCACAAUUACCUUGGUGAGCCAUGAGAGCAGAUGGAAGCAUUUUGUGGUUGUUUGGAAAACAAAAGAUUUUGAUCAUAGGAUGUUUGUGACAUGAAUCAAUGAUGUCAGCAAGUAGCCAUAGACUCGACAUUUUUCACAGAAAGGUCUGUACCAUGAUAAUCAAAAGUAUAUCAUUGCAUGUCGAUAA